AUGGCAUCGCCGUUCCUGUCUAAUUCUGCCAAAGACUAUGGGCAAGGACUGCAUUGGCUCGCUCGUUUAUUUAGGUAUGAGUCUCAGGACGAGGCACUGUUAAGCGCUAGACCCAUUGGCGCACUGGGCAGCAGAGAUUCAGCGCUUAUCUGUUUGACCACGGACGCGCACAUCCUAUUAGUAGAUCAUGGAGGGUCUGAAACGGAGUCUCUUACAAAAACCCAGCGCUUGGCUGCCUUCCUAGGUCCCCUCCAGCGCUCACAUACCCGGCACUGCCCACCCGUUACAUCAGUGGCCGUCCUUUCAACUAUUGUAGUGGACAAAGGCUCUUCUAUGGCUGAUCCAUUUCGUGGAGACGGGCUGUUUACAGCUGUUAACGCCCUCGCAGCGCUUGUCCAAGAUCCAGAGCGACUCGAUCGCGCAAGAGCGCGGUUCAACGAAUCUCCGCCGUCGUAUAGAUCGCGCUUGUCACACAACUCAACCCUCUCUCAGAGCCCUAACCCACCAAGCGAUGAAGAACAACGCCGCUCCGAUCUAAAAUGGAAGCUGAUACUGGAGCAUCAGGCAUCGUUUCCCUCCGAACAAUUCCUGGCCCAAGAGCUCGAAGAGAUACGUCGGCUAACCCAACUAGAUCCAAUUCGAAUGCGCCGUAUCCCAGUCGGUACGAAUUAUCACAAACUCGCCAAGGAGAACGUCAUGAAACGCUGGGUUGAACAGGGAAUAUGGAGCGAGGAAUGGAAAUCCAGGAGCGUGUGGAGGUGGAAGCACGAAGAACCACUCGACCGCGAGUUUGAGUCGAACAAGGAUAAAACGGCUGGCACUGAGUCCCGUCUCUUUGGCCCGCCCCCUGAGGAAAUAGAAUCGACGCCGAGACCACCGCAGGGCGUCCAAGAUUUGCCAAUGACUGAGGAACGUCGGCGCAUACGGGAACGCGGACGUGAGGCGUCGCGCCUAUACCAUCAGUUCGUCUACCAGGUUUCGAAAGAACGCGAGUUGAUUCUGGACGAAAUGAACCCUCCCGAAGCUCCCGACUUCUCCUACCUCAACCAAUGGCCCCCAGCCCUACACCCAGCUGCCCUCCAGGGAGGAUCAGGGCGCCAACGCACCCCAACCGAGCCUAACCUGGAAUAUUCCGUCUCGACCCCCCCAGACAUCAACACGGCAGCCUAUGAGAGAGUGAAGAAUACCUGGGUAAGAAGAGGAAUAUGGAACAAGAAAUGGGGCAUACUGCCUGGGAUGUCAUGGAAGCAUGAACAGCCUCUCGAGGAGAUGCUACGCGAGGAAAUGGGCGAUGAUCCUGUCCUUCAUGAGGGUGGUGCGGUCGAGGACAGGGAUGAACCUAGCGAAACACCUCGUAGGCCAUUAUUCGGGCCAUAUCCAGACGAACAAGUCGCAUCGUUUUCAUCUCCACUCUUCGACGAUAGCACUCAUCAACCGGUGAGGGUGGAUGCGGGACCGAAUCGAAUCGCAUCUCCAUUACCAGUUGCGGCAAAUGGUGACCACGUUUUGGGUCAACCGGACGAGCCUCUUCAAGAGGCUUGUCCGGGCGGCGAUCCUGCGGUAUUACCAAACGGCGAGACCAGCCAGUUUUCUGCUGCAUCAAGUUCAGACCGCGACCGUAUAAACAAUAGAGAGGCCGGACGCUCCGUCUUGCUGUCGGGGGCGCGACGAGGCGAGAGAGAGGGAUCCGUCGGGGCUGGGCUUGCUCCAGAAAUACCACGUACCGCUCUUGGUCCAAUUCGUCCGUCCAAGGUUUCCAAGGCUCGCAGGCGGAACAGGACUUGCACCAGACGACGACCAGAUGGCUCUGAAGAGAAUGGGGUACAAACACCGAUUCCUGUACCAGAUACCGCUUCCGCUCCUCUCGUGGAUUCUUCGGUACAGCCUCGAAGGAGUAGGCGCUUGCAGGAGGCUAAGCGCAAAACGGAUGCAGACUCCUCCGCCGGAGGAAUUAGUACUAGCAGUCCAAAGUCUGCGAAGCCUCGUGGUGUAGUUAAGAGACGUUCACGAACAACUCGGCAGAGGACGGGUUAG